AUGUGUGGAGGUGCCAUAAUUUCCGAUUUUGUUGCUGUUAAGCGUGGCCGGAGAUUGGCAGCUGAGGAUCUCUGGUCCGAACUUGACGCCUUCUCUGAUUUUCUUGGAUUUGAUUAUCACCCUGAUAACAAUAAUGGUGAUAGCAAAAAAGAACUAUCAAAUCUCAAGCUCCCUCGAAAGCCAAGCCAGCCCAACCAAGUGAUUACCAAGAAAGUUGAGAAUCCAAGCCCAGCCACAGAGGAAAAAGCUGGUCACAAGAAGGCUCAAAGAACCAGAAAAAAUGUGUAUAGAGGAAUAAGGCAAAGGCCAUGGGGCAAAUGGGCAGCUGAAAUAAGAGACCCACACAAAGGUGUUAGAGUUUGGCUGGGCACAUACAACACAGCUGAGGAAGCCGCUAAAGCCUAUGAUGAAGCCGCCAAGCGCAUCCGUGGUGAUAAAGCCAAGCUCAACUUCCCCUCUCAGCCACCACCAAUUUCGGAGGCGCCACCACCUUCCAAGAAACGUUGCAUCUUGGCUCCUGAAACGGCUGCUGUGGCUAGUUCCGGAACACCACCACCACCUCAAGAGUCAUAUUAUGGAUAUCAAAACAAAGAUUAUGAGCUGAAAGAGCAAAUCUUGAACUUGGAGUCGUUUCUUGGACUGGAACCAGACCAGAUGGCGGCUCAGCUGGGUGGCAAUGGUGUUGGAAGUGGUGGGGAUAACUGUGACUCUGUGGACCUUUGGAUGCUUGAUGAUCUUGUGACACAUCAUCAGUACCAACGUCAGCUUAUUUAUUAG